GAGGAUGAGGAGGACAGGGAGCAAGACCGCAGCCGAGCUGGCAAGGCGGUGGGCGCGGUGGCAGCGGUCGGUGGGGAGAGCGAGGAAGAGGAGGAGGACGAGGACGGAGAGGACGUGGAUGUGUUCGAGGUGGAGAAGAUCUUAGAUAUGAAGACCGAAGGGGGCAAAAUUCUCUACAAAGUACGGUGGAAAGGAUAUACCUCUGAUGAUGAUACCUGGGAACCAGAGGUUCAUUUGGAAGACUGCAAGGAAGUGCUGCUUGAAUUCAGAAAAAAAAUUGUGGACAAUAAGUCUAAACCUGUUAAAAAAGACAUACAGAAACUGUGUCUAAAUGAUGAUGUAUUUGAAGCAGACUCUGACAGUGACUGGCAAGGUGAAACAAAAGGUGAUGUUUCACCAAAGAAGAAAAAGAAGAAGUCAAAAGAUGGAGAGGAUCAGAGUUCAGGUGACCUGAAGAAGAAAAUGUCUAAGUCUGCAAAACUCAAAGAAAAACCCAGAACAGAAUGUGAAAACUCCUCAGAUACUUUGGUUUUAGAUUCAAAACCAAAAAAAAGGACUUCAGAAACCAAGGAGGAUUCAAAGGACCCAAAGAAACAAAGGAAGGAAGAUACUAAAGAAGUAAAGAAAAAGAAGGGAGAGGUUAAAGAUUUAAAGAUAAACUCUAAAGAAGAUUUUAAAGAAAAUAAAAAGUCACAGAAGGAGAAGGAUGGAGAUGUUCAGUUUGGCUCAGAAUCAGGUAUUCUAGAUGAUGUAUUUUCUCAAGGAACUGAUAAUGAAAAUUCAGACUUAAAUUCUGAAAAUAAAGAUGAGAAGCAAAAAGUUGUAAGUGGAGAAGAGAGAUCGGAACAAGAAAUUGCUGAAAAGGAUUCCAUUGCUGAUGCGCAUCUUGAUGGAUCAGCAAGUAUUGAAGAUGAUAGUAUUGAUGAUAAGGUUAAAAUUAAAAAGAAAAUAAUUCUGAAAGCUGAAGAUUGUAAAGAAGAAGGUAAAAAAGUGGAAACUCAGGAUAGCUGUUUAGGGAACAAAAAUAUGCUCAAAAAGCAAAAAGGUCAAGAAAAAGUAAAAAUAGAAGAGUUGGAAAAAGUAUCACCUGCUCCUUCACCAGUGCAGAAGGGUUUAAAAUUGAGUCCUGAUGAAAGGGGAUGCAAGUCCACUGAUCCAGCUGUGGAGGAGAAAGAAGUAAAGAAAACUGAAACAAAAGAAAAACUUCAAAAAGAGCCUGAAAAAGAAGAAAAGAGCAGAAAAGAACAAAGGGGCCUAAAAAAUGUCAAGCAACAGGUCUUGAGUUUGGGUAUGGACAUGCAGUUAGAAUGGCUGACACUAGAAGACUUUCAAAAGCAUCUUGAUGGAGAAGAUGAGAAUCAUGUGUCAACAAAACCGAUAUCAAAUACUCUCCUGAGGGAUGCUGUUAAAAGUGGAGAUUAUAUGACAGUAAAGAUGGCACUUUCCUCAAAUGAGGAAUAUAAUCUGGAUCAAGAGGACCCAAGUGGAAUGACUCUGGUAAUGCUUGCUGCUGCUGGUGGGCAUGAUGACCUUCUCCGAGUCCUAAUCAGGAAAGGAGCUAAAGUUAAUGGGAGACAGAAAAAUGGAACAACUGCAUUGAUACACGCAGCUGAAAAGAAUUUUCUAACAACAGUAGCUAUUCUGCUGGAAGCUGGGGCGUUUGUGAACAUGAAGCAGAGCAGUGGUGAAACUGCUUUAAUGAAGGCUUGUAAAAGAGGAAAUUCAGACAUAGUGCGGCUUAUGAUUGAAAGCGGAGCGGACUGUAACAUUUUGUCAAAGCACCAGAACAGUGCGCUGCAUUUUGCUAAACAGUGCAAUAACCUACUGGUGUAUGAGCAGCUCAAGAGUCAUUUGGAAACGCUCUCAAGAGUAGCAGAAGAUACCAUCAGGGAUUAUUUUGAAGCUCGUCUUGUUUUGCUGGAGCCAGUCUUCCCAAUUGCGUGUCAUCGGCUGUGUGAAGGGCCAGACUUCUCUACAGAUUUUAACUACAAACCCCCACAGAAUGUGCCAGAAGGAUCUGGAAUUCUUCUCUUUGUUUUCCAUUCAAAUUUCUUCGGUAAAGAAGUCGUUGCUCGGCUCUGUGGACCGUGCAGUGUACAAGCUGUGGUUUUAAAUGACAAAUUCCAGCUCCCUGUAUUUUUGGACAGUCACUUUAUUUAUUCCUUCAGCCCCAUUGCAGGCCUUAACAAGCUUUUUAUACGGUUGGCAGACGCUCCUACUGCCAAGGUAAAGCUGCUGAUUGGAGCAUACAGAGUGCAGCUGCAGUGACCUCACAGCUGUGAGUGUGUUGAGGGGAUGGAUGUUGUUUUGGAUGUACUUCUGAUGCCUCUGUUUAGAGACUGACAGAGCAGUUUGGAACUUUUUGGCACCAUGCUCCUAAGACUGCGUUCCCAUCUCGCUGUCCCUCGCUGGCAGCCAUGUAGGAAAGUGUGUGUCGGAGAGAAGCUGAAUCUGAGGCACUGGUGGGACAGGGCUGUCGGCUUUUUUUACUUUGUACAGAUGUAGAUGUAAGUAUUUGUGCCAAUACAUGGAAUUCUGGUUUUCUUUAACUUGCUGAGUCCAGACUGCAUAUUUCAGCUUUUCCACAAUGUGGAACGGUGCAUAUAAGAACUAUUUAAGGUAACUAUGUGAAAUGUCUUUUUUAAUAGAUAUUUUCCAUUUGUAAACUAAUGUUUUCUACUUACUCUGACGUUUCUAUGUACAAUGCACAGAACUGUCAUAGUCCUGGAGCCAUGUGCAGAACUUACAUUUUUAAGUUGUUGCGUUACAUUUAACUUUGAAUUGCUGAGGGCUGGUUUGGAACAGUUCCUGCUACUGUCUACCAAGAAAGCAGUUCCGCUUAGAGUGAUUCCCUCUGAAUACAUAGUGAGGUCUGCAGGCACCAGCAAUGGCACUGGGAUAGACCCAACUACAGAAGGAGCACAGCUGGAUUUCUACUUACACCAGUGUUUUAAAACUACUUUUGUGUUAGAGGAGCGACUGGUAGUUUUACUUCUGACUUUGACAUUCUUGGAUGUAUGGGAAAAUAAAUACAAGGUAAAAAUAGCAAACCUGAGAACUUAAAAGUCCUUUCAGUGUGCAGGCAGUGCUUGAUGGAGGCUGAGAAUUUCAGAUGUUCUCAGCUUGCCAGAUGAGAAAAUGUAUUGUCCUUUAAAGCAGAAGUCCAGUUCCUUAGUGCAAAGAGCUGCUAUUUUUUAAAAAUUAUUAUUAUUAUUAUUAUUUAAAUGACAGCAGUUCUGUACCGGUCCUGUGCUAUAAAAUACAAAUGUAAUACUGCUGCAUGAAGUACAGAAUAUUUUUCUUUGUAAAUUAACCAUCUUGAAAAGUAUAACAGAAAAAUAAAACCAGAUUGUGCCUUUGCUGGUCUGGUUGCCAUGUGUAGUUUACAUGCCACUAUGUGCCUAUAAUAUUGGAGAAACCACUGUGGAUAAACUCUUAAUGUAUUUGAGUGCUCACCAUCAAAAUGGUGCCGAUGUAUUAAGUAUUCUUUUAAAAACUGUGACUGUACAAAGUUUAGUUAAUCAGUUUUUCAUUUUAUGUUCUUAAAAGCUUUUUAGCCUUUUAUAUGUAAGAGAUGCCAAGUGAGCGGGUACCAAAGCACACUGCUUCAGUUCCGUGAAAUACUGCAUUGAGCUAUAGAAAGCCCAAAUAGCAGCACCACCUACAACCACCUGUGUUGUUCUGGUUUAGAACGGUUCCGUGUCUUAUGGGGUGAUGGGAUGGGACCAAGUCAGGGGUUUAACAGAGUUGGUACCUCCACCUCUGAAAUACCUGAUACCUCAUUCUGUGUAGUGUGAAAAGCGCAGGGUGAGGCUUGGGACUGACCCUGCCACCACCAGGGAAUACUGGUGGCUCUACAUCUUUUUAGUUGUUGUGUGUAUCCCUGGACGAUGAACAGGGUGAGGGGAUAAUGCAUGAGUGUUCCCUUACACUGAGGUGAUGGUGCCCAUGUGUAUGGUUCCCCCUUCCAUGGUCACUCCUUGGUGUACAUGUAAGGGGAGCUGGCAUUUGCGUGACCACUGUGGUAAAGCUGGAUCAAAGGUUUAGGAACUAAUGUCCACAUUACAUAGAUGUUGUUUAGGUCAGACUGUAUAACAGUGUCUAAAAAUAGAGUCAUGGUCCAGGAGCUGACAUAGCAAUUAGUUUCUCAAUGCCUGAUGACUUAGGGAGUUAGUUUGUGUUUGGGGAUUUUUAUGUUUUUCUUGAGGCAUUUGAGAGAGGGGGAGGAGUUCUACAGGACAUGGAAAUAAAAUUUGGGUUCAUGAUGCUUUUAUUAAGGGAUGGAUUGUGUAGCCAUCUUCCUCUUGUAGCUGGUAAUAUAAACUCCAAAUCCCUGCUGAAGAUGCAUAAAAAACAUAUGAAAA